UUCAGCUUGGAGUGGAGACUGGAGUCCUUUAUCGCCCUACCUAAAAUACAAAAGUAGAAUUCAACUUUGAGGCACACUUUAUGUAAUUAUGUCAAAAUCUCAAAUUUGCACAUUUUAAACCUUGUGAUGAAUGCGCUCUCUCAGCCGCCUCCUCUCAAAAUUAGCGACGUCUCGUCGCUGCGCACUUCAGUCUUCACCAAAGAUUUCUUCACACCUAACACUGCACCACCCAGCAGAAGCGAUCCGCUUAUCUACACCCGCUUCACUGGUGGCGCAACCAUACCGGAGCGGCGGAGAAUCAGCGGAGCAGCUAUGACCACAUCGAACGUCGGCGGUACCGACGAUCGCAUUGCUCGGAUCGCCUCCACUAUUCGGGUCAUACCUGAUUUCCCCAAACCUGGGAUUUUGUUUCAGGAUAUAACGACGUUGCUGCUUGAUCCUAAGGCGUUUAAGGAUACCAUCGAUUUGUUUGUUGAGAGAUAUAAAGAUAAAAAUAUUAAUGUUAUUGCGGGCAUUGAAGCAAGAGGUUUUAUAUUCGGUCCUCCGAUUGCAUUGGCUAUUGGUGCAAAAUUUGUUCCAAUGAGAAAGCCCAAAAAACUACCUGGGGAGGUAAUAUCAGAAGAGUACUCUUUGGAGUAUGGAACUGACAUAAUGGAGAUGCAUGUUGGAGCUGUACAACCUGGUGAAAAUGCAGUUAUAGUAGAUGAUCUUAUUGCUACAGGGGGUACCUUAAAUGCUGCAAUAAGCUUGCUUGGACGUGUUGGGGCCACUGUGGUUGAGUGUGCUUGUGUCAUUGAAUUGAAGGAACUGAAGGGUCGGGAGAAAUUAGGGGACAACCCGCUGUUUGUUCUCGUGAGCGAGACUUGAGGGAGAUGGGCUCUGAGAUGGAUCUGCUGACGUGGCAGGAGAAAAUGGAGAUAGGCCCUGAGAUAGGCUCUGAGAUGAGUCUGCUUACGUGGCAAGAAAAAAAUAGAGAUAGGCUCUGCGAUGGGCUCCGUAGAUCGGCCACCAUUACUAAUGCCAAUGCCCUAAGUGGUCUUAUUUGUUUCCUCAUUUUAAAGAGAAUUUUUACCGGGAAGUGAUAACGUAUUGAUAAAGGUCUAUUUUCCAAGUAAACUGAAAAUUUCAUGUGCA